AUGGUUGAUGAAAUCUUUUUGUCCUCAGCCCCUCCAAACCGGCCGACGAUAGUGGACACGAAGACCAAAGACCAGACGCGGCUGCUACAGCCGUACAACGAGGGUGACACCUUGGAACUCACCUGUGAAACCUUCGGAGUGGACACGAAGACCAAAGACCAGACGCGGCUGCGGCAGCCGUACAACGAGGGUGACACCUUGGAACUCACGUGUGAAACCUUCGGAGGUGACCCUCGACCCCGCCUCACCUGGUACCUUGAGAACACAGUCAUCGACGACUCGUACGAGCAGCGAGGCGACGGCGUGACCGUCAACACGCUGGCGUUCCCCAACGUGGGCCGUCAGCACCUGAACGCACGGCUGGUCUGCCAGGCCGCCAAUACCAACUUGGCGCCGCCGCAGACUAAGAUGCUCAUAUUGGACAUCAACUUGCGUCCGCUCACGGCGGUCAUCUUGAACAAAAGCGGCCAGCUACGGGCAGACCGACCUCAGGAGGUGGAGUGCCAUUCCACGGGAUCGAGGCCUGAGGCUGUGCUGACGUGGUGGAAGGGGGGACGCCAGAUCAAAAGGGGGGUGAAAAACUUCUCCGAAACCAACGCCACUACCAGCAUCCUCCACUUCGUGCCAGAGGCUGAGGACCACGAGGCGACUCUGGUCUGCAGAGCGGAAAACCCACGGAUAGCGGACGCACUCGUUGAAGACAGGUGGACGCUCAAUGUGCACUACGUUCCCGUAGUGACGCUGAGGAUGGGUUCCAGCCUGAACCCUGGCCACAUUAAGGAGGGUGACGACGUGUACUUCGAAUGCAGUGUCAAGGCCAACCCGAGGAGCUACCGACUCACUUGGUAUAAAGGGGACAUGGAAAUCACCCACAACGCGAGCUCCGGUAUUAUCCUCAGCGACCAGAGUCUGGUGCUGCAGAGCGUGAACAGGACAGUUGCCGGCGACUAUAGCUGUCUCGCUUCUAACACCGAAGGCAGUGCUACUAGCAACCCUGUCUCAUUGCAAGUCAGAUACGCCCCAGUUUGCAAGGUGGUGGAAGAUGGCGAGGUAUACGGAGCCCUAAAGCAGGAGACGGUCCAGCUCCUCUGCUCGGUGGACUCCAACCCUGCUCCAAUAAGCUUCACAUGGACCUUCAACAGUUCAGGGGAGCAGACACAAAUACCAGCUGGGUGAGAUACUUUAU